AUGUCCAUAUCCACACGAACCCCGCUGGCGCGGUUCCCGUGGACUACGAAGCUUUACCCAUUGGUCAAAAGACAACGCGGGAAAGUGAAGCCUCGACCACAGUUCGUGAAUGAAGAUCUACUAGAUAAUGUUCUCGAACGCGUAUCGCCUUACCUUCGUCGAAACCAACCGGUAGACAUUCUGGAUCUUUGGCCUGGAUCUGGUCUAUUAUCGUCUAAAGUGAAUAACCUUCUUAAGCCACGCCGCCAUGUGCUUGUUGAACCAAAUGUUCACUUCCACCCUUUUCUCACUCCGCUCACCAAAAGCAACACGUCUUAUAAGAUCGUUCAAGAAACCAUAUACGGGAAAUUGAAAUGGUCUGAUUUCUUUGCAGAGCAUUUCCCAGAACAAGGUCUUGAAAACCGAGACAACUCAGGGAUUAUACCAAUGAAUCAUACACUCCUUGUACUGGCCAAUCUACCUGAGGCUGUCAGUUCAAACGAUCAUUUCAAACCCAGCCGCUGGUUCCUCAACUUCAUGAAUAGCUGCUUAAAACAAUCUGAACUGAAUACGUACGGGGCCGUACGAGUCCUUGCCACAAUGCCCUUCAUUGAAAUCUCGGCUAUGUUACCACGGUCUGUCAUUGACCGUACACGAACUGGUGUUUUCGCAGAGACCAUAGGCUUGCAUAACUUAGAGAUUGCCAGUCCAGCCGAAAAUGAACGCUCCGUUCAAUGGCGGGGCUUCAGUGGCUUGGAAGACAACAGGAAACGUGUGGCCGAAAGAGCUGCAGCACAUGGCAUUAUCACUCCACCCACCAGAGAGCUUCCUCCAUUGGAAGCAGUGCCGGAAUAUGCCCACCGCGGGAGAAAGGAAUCACCACAUCAACUUCGAUUACGUACUCCUUUUCACAAGAAUAUCUUUGCGACCAUCGCGGCAGCGGAUGAGUUGGGUAUCAAGUCAGCCUUCGACACCACGGACCCCAAAGCUAAAGAAUUAUGGCGGAAGCGAGGAGUAGCACUCACGCAUCUUGCCAGAGACAAUACAUCGCAUUACUACCGGCAAAGGCUUGCCAACAUACAACUAGAGAUUGACGAAGUGAGCCGGACAUUUGCACGUGCGGCUGCAGACCCCAAGGAAACCGUCGAGAGGCUGAAAGCUCUGGAAGAUCAGAUGACAUCUCUCAAAUCGAGUUUUAGGGCUGUGUUCUCAGAGGUUCACUUCACCGUGUUGGAAAAGUAUGAACAUAUUACCGAUGAUUCCCGGUUAACCAAAAUCUCCAACAAUUUCGAUGAUGCUGUCCUGGACCAUGAUCGACGACCAUUCGAGCCCUUAUACAUCCACCCUGAUGAGCUCUAUCCUCGCGACAUCCCGAUUGGCAUGAUUUAUUUCGAAGCAGACCCCAGCCCGCCCUUGUUGAAGAAAGUCUUUGACCUACCGCGUGCAACGGCACAAAAUAUCCUCGAACGACAUUUUGCACUGCUAAGUUGUGUGGGCUUUCGUGGCAAAAUGUCUGUCACCGAACUUCUCGAAACUCUUUUCCCAUUAGAGACCAUCAAUGAUCAUGUGCGGGAUAUUCCAAGCCUCGCAACAUUUGCCAGCAGACGACUUAAGGCUGGGUAUGGGCCGAUGCCCCUGCCGGAUGGUUCGACGUCGGACCCGGCUUUCGUCUACCAGGAGAACGUGGACUAUGAUUUGAGCGAUGUUCGAAUCCGCAUUCUUUCUGCCAGCACCUUGUUGGAUAUUGCGAUCAAAUACGAGAAGCUUGCGGAUAAGCUCGAUAUCAUUCCUUUUAGUCGAGCUCUCGGCGCAGCAGUGACUCAGGCCCAGUUAGGGGAAGAUGUUGUGAAGACAAGCAUGAGAUAG